AUUAGCUUGGCGUUUUGUUUUAUAAACAACGGAUAAGACUGUGUAUCAGCGCUGGUAUUAUUAUUGUGGUGAUAAAAGAAACAACAGGCAAAGUGACAAAGAGACUACUGACCGACCUGUCAUUGAUUAAGCCCUCCUCCCCAUUUUUUUUGUUUUGUUUUGGAGUCCACAGUUUGUCGUCGCCUUUCGAGACGUUCGCAGUAAUCCGGAGCAGCGUAUUCCCUUUCUAGACGCCACCAUGUGCGUGAUAUUCUUCUGUGCAGACGCCAGCCCGCUGCCAGGUGGCUACAAGCUGAUCCUGGCCUCCAAUCGGGACGAGUUCUUUGCCCGGGCUACUCAGACGGCAGCCAAGUGGGCAAAUGCGGGUCAUGUCUACGGGGGCAUUGAUCUGGAGCCUGGAAGGGAGGGCGGCACUUGGCUGGCCAUUGGCCAUUCCGGCGGCGUCUUCAAGGUGGGCGCUUUGCUCAAUUUGACCGGCGAGCCCAAGCCACGCGAUGCAGUUGCGAACAAGAACAUUUUGCAGCCGCAUAAUCACAACAACAGCAGCCCCACCACCACCACCACCUCCUCCUUCUCCUCCAGCAACAACAACUACAACAACACCAGUAAGGUUCAUCCAAAUAAUGAACAUUUCUUGCUAGGUCGCGGCAUGAUCGUGGCGGACUUUGUUACGGAAUCCGACGAGGAGCACAGUAUCCAGAGCUACAAUCAAAGGCUGCUCAAGGACUGCACCAAAUACAGUGCCUUCAAUUUUGUGUCCAUCGAAAUUGGACCUUCUUCCCUCCUGCCCGCCGCCCGCGUCCAGCUGCUCAGCAAUGUGCCGCCCACACUGGAGGAGUACCAAAAUGGCGAGUGCUAUGGCUUUGGCAACAGCCUGCCACACACACCCUUCGCCAAGGUGCGACACGGCCAGGCGGAGUUCGAGGCUAUUGUCAAGGAGCAUGGUGCUGCCAGUGUGGACACCCUGGCCGAGCAUUUGAUGAAGCUGCUCAAAAAUGCACACAAAUUCUGGCCAGAUGCGGAGCUCAAGCGGCGGGCACCCAACUGGGGCGAGGGCCUGAGUGCCCUCAAUGUCCACAUUGGUGAUCAUGCCUAUGGCAGUCGCACCCACACCGUCAUCCUGGUGGAUAGCGAUAACAAAAUGCAUUUCAUAGAGGAGACAAUGGCCGGUGUGGAUCCUCAGGGCGAGUGGCAAAAAACGCACAUAAUUAAGGAUUUUUAAGAGGCCUUAGACUUGGAGAAUUAUCAGGAAUAUUUGUACAACCAAACUGUAUUUGUGACUCUGGCAUUUCGCGAUGAAAUCGUUAACAAUAAAUAGCCAUAGAUUAAAGACUUUUAAA